AUGUCGCGACCCUCAGUGAUGUUAGUGCUUUUGAUGCUCUUUUCUAUCAAUGCCUCUCAAGUGGUGGACCACCCGGACAUAUGUGAACGCGAUUAUUGUGAAUGCACCCCCGCAAGACACCCCAACUGGCUGGUCGUCAACUGUACUCUUUCAAAUGAUCAGGAGUUGGACAUAUAUGAGGGCGAACUUCCCGACACCACGACUGACCUGAUUAUAACCGGAGCCCAAGCUGUGACGAUUAACUCGAACGCUCUAUCCCGACUCAGCGAUGCGAGACUUGUUCAUAUAUCAGAUACAAAGUCAAUACUCAUAUCAAAGUCUUCCGCCAUGCAGAUGAACAUCGUCAACCUAUACCUCGACAUAAGCAAAUGUGAAGUCCUACGCAUAGAAGAGAGAAGCUUUAUCAAUAUAAAAGGACCUCUCUCUGUGUCAAUCCAGCACUGCGUAUAUGUUUCGAUCGAGAGCGAAGCUUUUUCUUGGCUUUUAUCCAUAAACAUUGAUAACGUUGGAAAACUUCAACUGAAAAGCGGAUCAUUCAUGUUGGACCCAACUGCGGCCAAUGUCGGUGAACAUGGCCCUGGGAUGACGAUCAAAAUGAAAAACUUGUCGAUAUCUGAGUUAGCCGGACAAACAUUCGGUUCGUCAGCUGCAUUGAUAUCUAUGGUGGGGGUUCAAGUACGAGUAAUUCACCCGGAAGCCUUUUCAGCAAAUACGUACAAUAUUGUUAUGGCUAUGAAUUCUACUUUUCAAGUUAUUGAAGGGGAGUCGUUUUCACAGAAGUCUCUAAUCAACAAUCUACAUUUCUAUGGUUGCACCAUUCACCAUUUAGCAACCGGAGCACUACAGUCGGCUGUGGCUAAGCUGAAUAUAUCACACACUAAAAUUGAUAUUGUCGAGACAGGCGCUAUUAAUUCAACAGUAGUAUUGAUUGAUAUCUCACAUUGUAUAUUUCAUAUAUUCAAAGAAAGAGGAUUUGAGCUAUCAUCUUGGAACAAAGUUUAUAUGAUUGGAAAUUCUUUUGAUGAAUUGGCGCCUAACGCAAUUAUUGGAUCGAGUGGAAACAUUCAUGAAGUUAUUUUUAAAGACAAUGAAAUUGAAAUAAUGAAUCCCGGAAGUUUGCAUUUUCUGGGAAAAGCAUUUACGCAAUAUGAAAAAUAUAUAGAUUAUAAAAAUAACUACUAUGGACAACCCUGCUAUUGCAAUAUGUCUUUCUGGUUUGCAAGCGGCCUAGGAGUUGAGUCCGCCGAACCUUUUGUAAAUGAAAGUUAUUGUACUGUUGAUGAAUUCUUCGCAAGAUGUUUUAAUGUUUAUGAUCAAAAUAUGGCGUUGAGUAAAUUCUUCCAGAACGUAUGCAAUGAUAAAACCAGUAUAGAAUGUGAAUCGUACAAUGCUCAAGGCGAAGAAGCAACAAAAGAAGUCAAGAACCCAAGAUUUCCACACAUUUUUAUGGAGGACAGUGAAAGCGGACUAUCGAAACGUAAUGCAAAGGUGAUUGGUAUCGUUAUAGUUACAAUAUUAGGAUGUAUAAUGAUGGCUCUGUUAUUCACCUUGUUUAAAUGGAUGAAGCAAAGAGGAUACUGCGUAAGUAUUAAAGACUACUUUAGAAACUCUAACUCUUCGUGUGGUUUUUGCGAUAGAUUAUGCGUGUGUGGAAAUAUCGGGCUUGAUAACGCAGCAUCCAUAUCUCAAUUAUCAGUUAAUGAAUAUUCAGAACGCCAUCGAUUAAAUGAACCACGAGUUCAAGAAAAUAUUAUACAAGAAACAACUAUACCGAGUGCACCCCAAGAACAUGUACUCGUACCUGCAGAAGACAAAACAACACAGACUCUGCCUGAAGAAUUAACCAAAGAACUUUUGGAAAACUUAAAAGAAAAACUAGACGAUCCCGAGAACUACGUCGAGGCUCGUGAAAUGAUUGAACAUUUAUACGAACUAAUAAAAGUCGAAGAAAGUUGUAACUCAAACAAUUCUGUGCCGACAACUGACCAAGAAAACAUUUACGAGUUACCUUUUCAGAAUACCACUCCGCGGGUAGGAAAAAACAAAAAGCAAAUGAUCAGUGUGGGUACUAGGACCCCAUCUAUUGAUAAACUUACACCAUUAUCUCCAUACAGUAGGCAUCCACCUCUAUCCCACGAAUAUUUCGAGCCUAAAGAUUUUGCUGUUCAUUUGUAUGCUGAAAUUGUAAAUAACGACAGAGAAAAAAAGAGCUUAUUAGGUUCUAUGCCUGAUGUUAUCGCAGAACAAGCAGUGCCACGUGGACCAUAUUUACGAGCUGUUAGAGAAAAGAUGAUUUCAAGCGUCCCUAACACACCACUGAAAUCUUUAAACGAUUCAUUCCCCCAAAACACUUCAACAAUACAUUCAAACAAAUCGACUAAUUCUAAUAAUUCGAGCAAAAUGAUAAACAGGCCACUGCCAGAAAAACCUGCUGUACUUGCUGACCCUGGCGAAGGCACAUCUUUUCGGACCGGAUGA